AUGGCGGAGGGUGGGGAGACUAGUGAGCGAAGGGAAACCCAAAAUCCAGAUGUUAGGUUCAUGGUGGACGCGAUGAGGGGAGAAUUUGACAGGUUAAAUAGAAGGUUUGAGGAGAUGGAUGGUAUAAUGGUUGAGAUGGAGAGAAACCAGAGGGGGGAAAGGAUACAAGAUGAAAAUAGAGGGAGAAAUGGGGUGCAAUUUAGGGAACAGAACAGAGAAAGGGAGAGAAAUAGAAGACAAAAUGAGAGGGAACAAAUGAGUAAUAGUAGUGGAGAGGAGAGUGAAGAAAUAGAUGAGAAUAGAGAAUUUAGAAGGGAAAGAAACAGAAGGGGUAGAAAUCGGUGGGUAGAAGUGGAUGAUGACAUGAGGGAUGUUCGGCCAAUGAUCCCUAAGUUUCAAGGGAAAAAUGACCCGGAAGCUUAUCUAGAUUGGGAAAGUAGGGUGGUGAGGUCAUUUGAAUGUCAUAGGUAUUCAGAGAGGAAGAAGUUAAGACUGGUAGUCCUAGAGUUCACAGACUAUGCUUCUAGCUGGUGGGAUAAGAUUAUAGCUGAGAGAAGGAAGUAUGGAGAGGAUCCUAUAGAGUCUUGGAGGGAGUUGAGAAUUUUAAUGAGGAGGCGAUUUGUACCAAGUUGGUACCAACGUGAAAUGUAUCAACGACUUGAAUAUCUUUUGCAGGGUGCUAGAAGUGUUGCUGACUACAAUCAAGAGAUGGAGAAGCUCAUGAUCAGGUUUAACAUAGAUGAAAAGACCGAGAGGUCCAUGGCCCGGUUCCUUAGAGGCUUGAAUGCAGAAAUUCGAGAAGAAGUUGAUAGGCAACAUUAUGUGGAGUAUGAUGAGCUAGUACAAAUAGCCAUGAAUGUGGAGCAGUCUUUGCAAAGAAAGAAAAACCGGUUCCACAUGAGUUCUUCCUCUUGGAAGAGUAAGGAGGGUUCCAAGGAGAGAUUCCAGUCAAGGAAUGGCAAUGGUAAACCCAAGGAGUCUAGAAACCAAAAAGGUAAGGACUUUGCUGAAGGAAACUCUAGGCCACGUAACAUCAAGUGUUUCAAAUGUCAAGGAAGAGGCCAUAUUGCAAAAGUUUGUCCAAACAAGGUAAAUAUGACAAUCAAGAAAGGGAGGAUUGUUACUGAUUCCGAGCAAAGUGAUUCCAAGGAGGAGAUCGAAGAAGAAUCUGAUUCACGUGAGGAGGAACUACUUGAAACUGAUAAUGAAGAAGUUUUGGAGGGACCAGUUGAGGGAGAUACCUUGAUGGUAAGGCGCAUGCUCAACAUCCAAGCCACCGGGGAUGAAAGUCAACGUGAAAACAUCUUUCACUCAAGGUGUUUUGUUCAUGGGAAGGUAUGUAGUUUAAUAAUUGAUGGCGGGAGCUAUACUAAUGUUGCUAGUACAAAAAUGGUGGAGAAGCUAGGCUUGAGCACACAAAUCCAUCCUACACCAUAUGCGUUGCAGUGGUUAAACAAGGCGGGAGAUAUCAAGGUGAAUCAACAAGUUUUGAUUCCGAUCAAGUUGGGACAUUAUGAAGAUGAGAUCCUUUGUGACAUAGUGCCCAUGGACGCUGCUCACAUUCUUCUAGGGAGGCCGUGGCAGUUUGAUAUGAAGGUGUUCCAUGAUGGUUAUUAUAACAAGUACAUGUUCGAGCACCGAGGAAUUCAAGAUGUUUGUCCGGAGGAACUUCCUGCCUGUUUACCACCGUUGAGGGGGAUUGAACACCAAAUUGACUUGGUGCCGGGAAUGCCAUUACCGAAUAGGCCUGCCUACCGAUGUAACCCGGAGGAGACUAAGGAAAUCCAAAAGCAAGUUAAUGAACUCUUGGCCAAAGGGCAAAUCCGGGAAAGCCUAAGCCCGUGUGCCGUUCCUGUUUUGCUAGUACCCAAAAAAGAUGGGUCAUGGCGAAUAUUGAUUUGCGUUCUGGGUAUCAUCAAAUAA